AUGUCAACAGCCAAUACCAAAGACAAGGAUUUAUUUUAUAAAAUUGAUUUGAGUGAAACCAAGCAGCAGCUAAAUGAUUUUAAUAAAAGGGACAAGAAUUUCAACAAUUUAAAGUUAGUUUUAAAGAGAAUACUGGCGAAUGUUACUAUGGGCUAUGAUUUGUCUGGUAUUUACAAGGAUGUUGUGCAGCAUUUGAGCGUUAAGGAUAUUCAAAUCAAGAAGCUUAUUUACUCGUACCUAGCCACCUACGCUAAACAUCGCCCUGAUCUCAUCCACCAUCCCGUUUCUCUCCUUCUCAACGAUUGCGCUGAUAGGAAUCCUUUACUGCGCUCCCUUGCCCUACGCACCAUGUCCUAUAUACAACUCCCAUACGUUGCUCACUCUCUCAUGGACCCUCUCAGGCAUUGCCUCUCCGACGCUGAUCCUUACGUGCGUAAAACCGCCGCAAUUAGCCUCUGUAAGCUCUACUCUUACGACCCUGCUCUUGUAGAGAAGCACAGCUUGAUUAGAUUCCUCCGUGACCUCCUCGCUGACUCAAACGCUGCCGUCGUCGCAAACGCUGUCGCUGCCUUAUGCGAAAUUGCAAACAAAUCCUCCAACAUACAGCUUAAAUUGAAUAUUACCAUUGCCAAUAAGCUCGUGAACGCUCUCGACGAGUGCUCCGAGUGGGCCCAGGUCUAUAUUCUCGAAUCCCUCCUCCAUUUCACCCCUCAAUCUUCCCAUGACGCUACUCUCCUCAUUGAACGCAUAGCCACCAAUCUUCAGCACUCUAACAGCGCUGUCGUUCUUUCCUCUACCAAGAUCAUCAUCUAUCUCUUCAACUAUAUCCAAAACCAAGACACCAUUUCUCACUACUCCCGCAAACUCAGCCCUCCUCUCAUAACUCUCCUCUCUUCACCUCCUGAAGUUCAAUAUGUUGCCCUUCGCAACAUCCUUCUCAUCAUCCAGCGCCGUCCUUUGGUGUUGCACGCUGACGUCAAAAUUUUCUUCGUCAAAUACUCCGACCCUAUCUACGUCAAGCUGGCCAAACUCGAGAUUAUCUACCGUCUCACGCGUGUCGAGAAUUACCGCGAGAUUCUCGCUGAGUUGAGUGAGUAUGCGACGGAAGUUGAUGUAGAUUUCGUACGCAAAGCGAUAAAGUUAAUGGGACGACUAGCGAUAAAAAUUGAGGAAGCGAGUGAUGAAUGUGUUCGAGUGCUUUUAUCUCUCCUCAACGAUGGUAUUGGGUAUGUAGUGCAAGAGGUGAUAGUAGUGAUGCGAGACAUUCUGCGCAAGUAUCCGACACGCUACAUCCGCGACUUGCCCGUUUUAACAGCGCAAAUUGAUCACCUCAAUGACGUUGAGUCUCGCUCAGCGAUGAUCUGGAUGAUAGGGGAAUAUGCUGAUAUGAUACCGCUCUCUCACGAGCUGCUCGACGACUAUCUCUUUGCAUUCCGCGAAGAGCAUGUCGAUGUACAGCUGUCUCUCCUCACAGCAACAGUUAAGCUCUUUAUCAAGACUCCCCAUCAGGGUCAGGAACUAGUCCCGCGCGUGCUCGCUUGGGGGACUGAAGAGAUGGAUAAUCCUGAUAUACGUGAUCGCGCUUUUCUCUACUGGCGCCUCCUCUCUAGUGACCCUAACGCCGCGCGCGAUGUGGUGCUAGCUACUAAACCUACCAUUAGCACCGAUGCUGAUCGCAUGGAUCGCUCUCUCCUUGACUCGCUCCUUUUGCAUGUCGGUGAACUUAGCUCCGUGUAUCACAAACAGCCUACGGCAUUCAUACGCGGCGCUAAAGUUAGAUACCUCCCAGACUCACCGUGUCUGGAUACGCACGCACGCAGAGCGGCCCAGACGGCCAGUGCGCGUCAUGAAGCUCCGACGCCGCUACCGAGUGUCCCGUCGCCCGAUGUGGCUGUUGGCGGCGAUGGGAGUGGUGGAGGUGAGGGUGCUGGAGAGAGUUUGAGUGUGAGUGUGAACGUGAAUAACAGUGCUCACGCUCCAGCUCCCAGCCCCACCUCACCCACCAACCCCGGCUCAGCUAAUGAUCUCCACGCCCGUCCUAUCUCUGUCGCUGGCGAUCUCCUACCGCAGCAUCUCACAGACGGUGGGAUACAUGCGGCGAAUUCAAACAGACUUACGGCUGACUUUGGUCGUUUGAGUGUCGGUGGAGUAGGAGUGGGUGGAAUGAGUCCCAGUGGCAGUCUAGGUGUGAAUAUGAAUGAAGAGCAACACGCAAACCACUCUCCGCACUCUCCUUCUUCACCUAUUUACCCGGAUGCUCACUCUCACUCUCUCCAUUCCCCACAUUCCAACUCCACUCCCCCCUCAAACACACCGCACGGAGCUUACACCCAACUCAACCCUAACAGCGCAGAGACUAACGACCCUUCCAACCCUUAUGCAGCACUGGGCGAUGCGUUCGACGAUACUCCCGUUCUUCACUCGAGAGGUGACCACAAUGAUUCGCUGUUAGACUUUUAG